AUGUGCCCCAGCGAUGAAGUCAAGACGCGUCUACGGAGAGCAAUAGAAGAAAGAAGGUACCUGGUGACUGUUUCGAGGUUUGCAGACUGCAUUCGAGUCGCGCGGAUGGACAGCAUCGCACUGACAACGCCGGAGUUCAAGCUAGCCAUUCCAGCAAGCGACCCAACCGGUAACAAGGAAUUCCUUGCCUACAUCGUUGAUGCAGAUGCGUGCUAUAAGCACAUUUUGCAAGUACGACAAAUACGGGAACCAGUCAUUAAAUUGGUGAUGGAGUGCUGCGCCGUAUUGCGCGAUGUACAGAUAGGUGCAGAGGCUGGGGGUGAGCGAGAUUAUCUCAAAAGGGCCGAGGCAGCGCUAGCGACUUUUGACACUUUGCAAUCACAAAUUCGUAGUGGGAAGGAAAUAGUGCCUGACGUUAUCUCUGAGCGCAAUUGUAUGCGACAGCGUUGUCUUGCUCUGAUUGAGAAUACACUACAAAAUCGCUCAAACGAUCCUCGACCAGAGAUCGGUGUGCGUGCAGCUGAGGCACUCAGCAAACUACGCACACGGCCACCUGUACCGAAUUCGGAGUCAUCGUAUGUAAACGACGACGAAGAUUUUCACAGGCUAUGCAAGGACGCAUGCAUCGCAGCGGAGACCUUUGCCGCUGGCCUUGGCCAUAACACCUCUCAAAAAAAGACGUGUGACAUGGUCGCAGACAAUGCGCGUGAAACGAUUCCGAGAAUGCUGUUGCGAGGGCAUGAGUCUGAGUCUGCCGACAAGAUAACUAAAUGGAGGUGUCUUGAGCAGUGCUUUGCUGGUCUCGCGGAAGAAUUGGCAUUUCAAAGGGAUAGCGCAGAAAAUGUGACCAAGGCUUCCUUACUAUUCGGAAUUUGUGUCAGACUAGAGACGGCUUUGGAUGCUCUGGUUCCGGAUGUAAUGGAGAUGGAAAAACUGCGAGCAGAAUGUACAAACAAUACGCGUGUGCGAAAGCGAUGGGAUGCGCAAAUUGUGCUGGCAGGAAACGAGAUCGAGGAAGCAAGACUGCGCGAAGAGUUUGGUGUGUGGGAAUCAAACACUCGGAGGCGAGAUAAAGCUGUUGGUCAAGAAGUGGCUGCCUGGUUGCAGUUUGCAGAUACACACUAUCCCGAACUUCUGCAAAAUGCCAACGUGCGAACAACCUUCACUGGAAAAUACGAGCUGGAAUGUGCGGCACAGGGGAUGUUGCGUAGAGACGACAGUGCCGUUAACUAUCAACUGGUGAGGUUGCUUUCAGACAAGAAGGGUCGGCCCGUGAGACUCGUCACCGACUUUGAGGGCAAGCACGUGGUACUGAAGUCCUACAGCCUCACCACCAGCUCACACUUCUCGCACUUCAUGAGGACGUGUAGUAAACUGGGUGCACUACGGGGAGUGAUCAAUAUUGUGCCGGUCAUUGGAGUGUUCACUGAGGAUCAGUGGGGACACGUGCUCAUGUACUACUACAGUGGCGGUGAUCUUGCGGCAUGGAUAAAUGGUCACCCAAAGAGAGAUCCAAAGUUGUGUCUACGGAUAGCGCACCAAGUUGUAGCUGCAGUCGAGAGCUUGCACACUCGGGAUAUUGUGCACUGCGACUUGAAGCCCGAGAACAUAUUCUUGACGUCGAAGUUAGAGGCUGUGCUGGGUGACUUUGACGAUGUGCGAGACGCAGACUGUACUGUAACGACUGCAAGAGUGACGCGCAAAUACGAAGCACCCGAGAUACGUAGCGGAUUGGUGAGCAGGUUUGACAAGAGUGCAGACGUAUAUUCACUCGGCCUGGUGCUGAAAGGACUAUUCAGUGGUGUGAGCGUGUCUGAUACUUGUACGGCAGCGACUGGCACGGCAAUCGCCACACUCGUUGCCCAAAUGACGAAAGAGAAACCAGCUGAGCGUCCAACACUGCCUGAAGUGACAGCUAUGCCAAUGUUUAAUGAGUGCUCGGCUGUGUGGGAUUUGCUGUGAAGCAUAUAUUGCAGCGGAGAGUCUGGUGUUUCGCAAUGGGCACGUGACAUGCAACGGCUGUGUGAACGACUGGUUGCGAUUUGACCUGACUUACUCGAGCUUCAUCGCUCGGAAUGCUGGACUACUUCCAUGUUCAAUGCAGAUGAAUGGUUGUGAGAAAGUGUGGGAACCGAAAGUAUACGCCGCCCAUGUUGAACAGAGUGUAUUUGACGAAGCCAUGUGCCUGGUAAAUAAGCCAAAGGCACGCGAAGAGCUAUUGAUCGAACAAGAGCGUGAAGCUGCACAGGAUUGAGGGUUUCACCACAUAGCCGACCAGAUACUGACACUGAGAUGUCCAGAAAUGGGCCAUGUACUUGACGAGUCUUUCACAAAUUGUUUUUCGUUGACCUGUGAUACGUGUCCGCGUGGUAGUAACGAGUUCUGUGCUUUCUGUUGGAAAGGCUUCGGGCGGGAAACGCAUGCGCACGUGCUGAAAUGUCAUCAGAAUCCGAACCCGGGAAGGGUUUACAACGCUUUAGAUGUGUUUUACAAAAUUAAGCGUGAGGAGCGGUCGCAACAACUGUAGAAGUACUGGGGUACGAUCAAACUGGAUGAAAUGGCCAAGCAAAAGCUUACAGAACGGGUACAUCCACUUCUGAACCAGCUGAAGCCAGAGGGUACAUACAAAUCCUUGGCAGAUCUCGUGGGAUGAUUCAUCCCUGCUGACAAAAUUUUGGGUUGAGAUAUACGUUCCCAACCUACCUUACGCUAAAAAGUACCAAUGAUUUGUAUUCGC